AUGAAUCCUAGCUGCUUAAAAGCUCUCUUUGUUCUUGCUAUUUUGAUUUUAUCAACUCAAGUAUCUUUCACUUUUGAUACUGAUGACUAUCGUAAGUUGUUAGAGAAUUUUGCAUCAUCUACUUUGCUUUUUUUGAUGGCUAUUCAUACCUUUCCUAUUCUUCCCUCAGAAAAGCUUUAUUCCGUCCAGAAGGAUCAUGAUAUGGAUUCGCAUAAAAAUAACGUGCCUCUUGACUUCAAAUUUAGCUCUGAGGCAGACCGUUCUUUUGCUAUUUAUUCUUUGUAUUUAGGUGGAACGUUUGCACAGUUUAUUACCAUAUUUACUUCUAAAUACAGCGCUCAAAAAUAUUAUUUUAUCAGUUCGAUAUUCUUUUUUCUGGGAGGAAUUAUUUCCGGAUUUUCGAAAAAUUGGGAUAUUUUAGCUUUAGGACGGUUUAUUCUUGGAAUGGGCAUUGGGGUUGGUGGAAAAGUCAAUCCUAUUCCUUAUAACAAUUUCAUUAUGGCUUUACAUGAUAAACCCAACGCCAAAGCGUUUGACAUUAUUUAUCGACUAAUGGUUCCAGGAGGAAUACUUUUGUGUGGAUUUCUGCAAGAUGUGACCCAAAUGUCCAAUGAAGAGACUUUUGUCAAACCUAACGCUUCCGACAAUCUCAUCAAAAUGUCCGAUGAACAGAGCUCUGUCAACUUUAACCCUAAUACGGAUUCUGGGGAAGCAAGGAAGUUAGCUAUAUUAAUCAUGUGCCUCCAUAUCUUUCAACAGUUAUCUUUCAUUAACGGAUAUUUUUCAUACACAAAGGAGAUAUUUGGCGACCUGCCAAAUAUUUAUCUUGUUUUGGGAGUUGCAAAUUUUGUUGGAGUCCUUUUGAGAGUUGCAAUUGAAUAUUUAAAGAACACUCAGGGGGGAUCCAAUAAUUCUCUGAUGCAUUUAGACUAUCCACUUUAUAAAAAAUAUAUCGCUGUAAUUAGUGCAGCUGGAUCUACAGCCUUUGUUCCUAACUUGGGUCAAAAGUCUCGAACUUCCGAAAAUAUUUCUCUUCCCGUGAACUCUAGCUUUAAGAAUGAAGAAACAUCUGUUUGA